AUGACCAGUCUCGAAACACUGGUCCUCAAAGGCCCUGUGGGCGACGCAGAGUCAGGGCUGGAAGAGUUGCGCUAUACAGUCUUGUCAGAUGGCAUAGCUAGCAACAGCGAUGGCAUGGUGAGGAGGCCUGAUGUAAACAAAGGCUUUUUCGUAGCAACGCCUAACAUAUAUCCCAUUCUANNGUCCGAGCUGCGCAUCUACAUCUGGCUCAUCCUGCUCAACGUGCCUCCGCUCCGUACCGAUGCCUACCUCGAUCUUGUACGACAGGGUGCCUCGCCUGCCUAUACCAAGAUCCGCAACGACACGUUCCGCACCUUGACCACCGACCCUCUGUUCCGCCGUCGCGUCACCGAAAACAGCCUCACCCGCGUCCUCAAUGCCAUCGCCUGGAAACUGCAUGACGCCCACGAGGCCCGCGUCAACGGAUGGAUGUCACCUCCUACCCUGUCUGUACCCAGGAGCAUCGACGGUCAGUCAGACCUGGUCACAUCGCCCACCUCGCGACACCGCGCCUCUAUCACCGGCACCGAAGGCUCCGAGGCCGGAGACGGAGCUUCUCAUGUUGGUUAUGUCCAGGGCAUGAACGUCAUGGCUGCCCCCUUCUUGUAUGCCGCUCGCAGCGAGGCCGAGGCAUUCGCUGCCUUUGAUCGCUUCAUCACAGUGGAGUGCCCUGGCUAUGUAAGAGGCUCCAUGGAUGGUGUGCACAGAGGUUUGGCCUUGGUCGAUAAGAUUCUUGCCAUUGUAGACCCCAAACUAUCCGCCUACCUGGCAAGCAAAGGCAUGGAGGCCCGCAUCUAUGCUUUCGCCAGCGUCCUGACCAUGUGUGCCUGUACGCCGCCUCUACCUGAAGUUCUCCAGCUGUGGGACUUCUGCUUCGCCUACGGCCCGCACUUGAACUUGCUCUGCAUCGUCGCUCAGUUGGUUCUCAUCCGAGAUCAGCUUCUAACCAGUCCGAGCCCAAACCAAAUCCUGAGAUCGUUCCCGCCCCUUCAAGCAUCCAAGAUCAAGCCCAUGGCUAUCAGCUUUGUACGAAAACUCCCCGACGAUCUCUAUCAACAAGUUGUCGAUCAUGCCAAAUGA